AACAAACAAAUCGUAGAUACAUACACUAUAGACACACUCUUUCUCUCUCUAAGAUGUUUACUCUAUUGCUCUCUCUCUGUGACUGCUUCUCACUCUUCAAAUCUACCUUCUAGUCUCUCCCACCGACAUACACAUAAUUAAUAUAUACUUACACGCAGCUCCGUUACUUGUAAUUACUCUCCCACGAUCCCCCAUUUUCUUGUUUUUUCAUCCCCAAAUCUCUCCUAAAUCUCUCUGAAUCUCUCCAGUUUCGCUUGUUUCAGCUCAAUAUCACUUCUUUUUGCAAAACCCAUCUGUAAAGUUUCGAUCUUUGGGUGUAAUAAUCAUAAAGUUUUGAUCUUUAUGUGUAAUUUGAUAUAAAGAUUUGAUCUUGACUGUGUUUUUCAAGAUGGUGUUGGAGAGGUGUUUCGGACAGCGGCGGAGCCGACAGCUUCAUCGGAUCCUGCGAAAUGGGAAGCUGACGUUGUUGUGUCUGGUCUUGACUGUGGUUGUGCUACGUGGCAAUCUGGGCGCCGGCAAGUUCGGGACGCCGGAGCAGGACUUGAUGGAGAUAAGGGAGACUUUUUCGCAUUAUCGGAAACGCGCGGAGCCGAGGCGCGUGCUGGAAGAAGUGGCAUCAGGUGAAGAAGAGAAGGUGAGUAAUAAUUAUGCUGAGUUUGAUAUAAAUAAAUUGUUUGUUGAUGAAGAAAGUGAAGAAAAAAAAGAUCCAAACUUGGAAUAUAGUCUUGGGCCUAAGAUCUCUGAUUGGGAUGAGCAGAGAGGGGAGUGGUUGAAGAGAAAUCCUAACUUUCCUAAUUUUGUGCAACCCAAUAAGCCUAGGGUGUUGUUGGUAACUGGGUCAGCUCCGAAACCUUGCGAAAACCCGGUUGGGGAUCAUUAUCUGUUGAAAGCUAUAAAGAAUAAGAUUGAUUAUUGUAGGUUACAUGGGAUUGAGGUUUUUUAUAAUAUGGCUUUGUUGGAUGCUGAAAUGGCUGGGUUUUGGGCUAAGUUACCGUUGAUUCGGAAGCUGUUGUUGUCACAUCCUGAGGUUGAGUUCUUGUGGUGGAUGGAUAGUGAUGCUAUGUUUACGGAUAUGGCUUUCGAGAUACCUUGGAAGAGGUAUGAGGAUAGGAAUUUGGUGAUGCAUGGGUGGAAUGAGAUGGUGUACGAUGAGAAGAAUUGGAUUGGGUUGAACACGGGGAGUUUUUUGUUGAGGAAUUGUCAGUGGUCUUUGGAUAUGUUGGAUGCUUGGGCUCCGAUGGGGCCGAAAGGGAAAAUAAGGGAUGAGGCUGGGAAGAUUUUGACUAGGGAACUUAAGGGCAGGCCGGUUUUCGAAGCUGAUGAUCAGUCUGCAAUGGUGUAUUUGUUAGUGUCGCAGAGGGACAAGUGGGCCGAGAAGGUGUAUCUUGAGAAUCAUUACUAUUUGCACGGGUAUUGGGGGAUUUUGGUGGAUCAUUAUGAGGAGUAUAUGAAAGAUUACCAUCCUGGUUUUGGUGAUCAUAGGUGGCCGUUAGUGACUCAUUUUGUGGGUUGCAAACCUUGUGGGAAGUUUGGGGAUUAUCCGGUUGAGAGGUGCUUGAAGCAGAUGGAUCGGGCAUUUAACUUCGGGGAUAAUCAGAUUCUGCAGAUGUACGGGUUUACACAUAAAUCACUUGCUAGUCGUAGAGUUAAGAGAACACGAAAUGAAACUAGCACUCCUCUUGAAGACAAGGAUGAGCUUGGGUUACUUCACCCUGCAUUUAAAGCUGUGAAGGUAUCAUCAGCUUGAAGUCACAAAUCCACGGAACCAGCUAAGAUUAAAUUAAUGUCCUUUUACAAUUUAUUUGUGUACCUUCGACUUGUGGUACUUUUUACUUGUCUUCCUAUUACACGUCACUUUUCAUAGCUUCAGCUUACUGUAUCCUUAGUUUAUUUCAAUCUUUACCUUAUUGGCCUUCGAAGUUAUAUUUUUAAUUAUGAAUGUGAAAAGUACAGUUGAUAUUC